AUGCUAUGGCCAAGCAUUAUCAGAAGAGCCACAGAGCUCCAGGGACCACGCGUGCUGGGGUCCGGCCCCGUGGUUACCACCCCCGUAAUCCGUGGCGGCCGCUUUCCUGCCAGCGUUUCUUUCCUGCCGCGGCUGGGAGCAGCUUCUUCACGGUCAAGCCCCCCCGCCAGCCUUAAUGGGAAUGGACUAAGGCGCGUCCGGCUGGUCUCCGAGCCUGAGUUUGCUCGCGCGCAGGUCUUGAGAGACCUAGAAGAUCAACAGGCCGAGGCAGAGGCAGCUAGUGGACUGAUCCCUGCCCCCCAGAGUGCAACUGAGGUCUGUCCCUGGCUAGACCUAACCCAGUGGGCCCGGUACGUGCAGGGCCAUGAGCUCGCAGUAUUCACCCAGCUAGCCGCCCUGCCUGAUCCAAGGACCGAGUCGCUACUGGCCACCUUGGUAGACCGCGUCCAUCAUCUAGUUCUCCAAGCUUGCCAGUCCAUUCGGGAGAAGAAGGUCAAUGAGUUUGAUCUAAUGCGCAUUAACAGUGUCCUCCACCGGCCCCGGGUCUGGGAUCGACCCCUGUUUAUUGACGUCCAAGACGCGACCCGGCGGCGGUAUGGCCAAAUCUGGCAGCGACUAAUCUGCUUUGCCUACCGCUCAACACGGUCUGAUGCACCCGCCCGGCUCAGCCACCGGCUCACGCGCUCGCAGCUAGUAUGGCUGGAUCAGAUGGUUCACCAUGCCAGUGAGCUCCAGGGCCACGGGCGGGAUGACUGGCCAGAGGAAGUCCAGAGCAUGGCGCCUGACAAUAAUCCUACCGCAGUGACCCAGAAUGGCAGGGAGCACCAGCAGAGAAUAGCCAAGGCAAAGCUAGAUCAGGCCUGCCUUCAUUUCUCCAUCGCGGUACUGGACCAUAAUCUCUUAGGGGAUCUCUUCGAGAGUGUGGUGAUUGGAUUUAUGGCUGUAUUAGGCAUAAAUAGGGAGAAGAGGGUGUUCUAUGAUGCAUGCUCCUACACCUCAAAUCUCUCUGCACUUGUCAAGAUCGCGCAGCUUGCGGUGCGAGAGUGGAUGCAACCAACGGUUCAGACUGUCGACUGGCGGUCAUUUUAUGCCGGACAGUCGGCCGAAUCUGACCUGACGGUCGAGAUAGUGGUUACCCAUGCCUGA